AUGUGUGAGCUUCUGAUGGAAAUGGGUGCUAUGAAGGCCAGACUGACUGCUGCAGAGAACCAUGUGGAAGAACUAAGGAACAUGGAGACUACUGUUGCUCUCCUACAGAGAGAGAACAAAGAUAAUCUAAAUCAAAUACUUAAAUAAAUAUAUUUCUAUUUCUAAUAUAGUCAAGUGUUCAGAAUGAUAAUCUGUUUGUUUUUGAGAGCCACAAAGCCCGUAAGCCGACGAAAUGUCAAUUUUAACUGCCUUGAUGUUGUUGUUGUUGUUUCCCCAUGUGUUAUUAAUUUAGCUAUUUGAAUUCAAGACUCAACAGUUGCUACCAUACAGAAUGCCAUAUUAUGUAUUGUCAUAGCCCAAGGAGCCCAGCUGACAGCCAUGGAGACCAGACUGAGCACCAGUGAGAGCUUAAUGGAGAAGAUGAAGACUGAUUAUGAAGGUGAUUUGCGUUCUGUGUUUUUGUGCCAUAAUCAUCAUCACCCCUAGGCCCAGAUUUAGUAUUGUUGUUUGGGUUAAGGUUUACUUUAACAUCUUGGUGCAGAAACAUACAUGCAAUCAGACGUAAUACAAUAUAUAAAACGCAGGUAAAAAUAUCUGCUAAGAUACCUAUGUUAUUGCAUAUUCGUUCAUAUUCCUGUUUUCCAGUUCAGGAGAGGAAGCUUCAAGCUUUGACAUUUAGAGCCAACGCCACUGAGUUCAGAGUGGAGGAAAAGCAAAUCCUGCUCGGCGAACUGAAGAGAGAGAUUGAAGGUACACAAAAAGCUGUAAACAUCUCAGGCAACAUUUCUGUGGAGUAAAAUAGCUUUGUCUGUGCAAAAAAUAUUGUAAAACUCAUUGUAAUCUGGAAGUGUGAUUUAAUUCAAACGUUUCUUCAACAAUGUUCAACAGGCUAUUAUUUAACUUGAGUUCAGUAAACUGAGCAAUACGUAAAUAGUUGACUCCUUAUAAUGCACGUUGUUUAAGAAAAGUUUGAAAUGAAAUCAAUCUGCCAGAUUGUAAAAAGGAUUACGUUUAUUUUUUCUUCUUCACAGAUCUGUGCUGUUUUGCACCAAGAAAAUGUCACCCCUGGUGAUUUAAUUGGGAAAUUACAUGUAUUUCCUAUAGACAGACCAAAGCUGGCAUUUACAGCAGCACUUGAUGGGCAAGGCCAUUUUUCUUCAACACAGAAACCAUCCGGAAAUUCAGCAACGUCCUGACAAAUGUUGGCAAUGGCUACAACCCAGUUUUAGGUAAAGAGUUGGAAAGAAUUAUGUUAAAACUUAACAUGACGCACUCAUGUGCCUUAUAAGUGCAUUUAUAAGGCCUUAUGCUACACUUAUAGUGCCUUAUAACACUUGCAUUAUAAUGCAUCAUUGUGAUGUAUUAUAAGAAUGUUAUGACUACAUAUGAGUUGUUAUGACAGCUUUUAGCAAGUGUUAGAGUGCACAAUAAAAGUACCACAAGGCAUUGUAAGGGAUUAUAGUAUUUUUCUGACAGAGCUCUCCCUCUCUCAUCUCUGAUACAGGUGUCUUCGAUGCGCCAGUGAGAGGAUUCUACUACUUCAGCUUCUCAUCAUUCGCUCAUAAUGUGCAUCCGUCUUGCACAAGUCUUUUUAAGGAUUGUAGACGUGUGUUGUCUGCGUGUGAUCAUUACACAGAUACAGACUAUGAUCAUACUGACAGUUCGGGUAAUUACACCUUGAGAAGGGAGACCAUGUCUACAUGA